AUGGAGCCGGGGCUGCUGCGGCCGGCGCCGGUGAGCGAGGUCAUCGUCCUGCAUUACAACUACACGGGCAAGCUCCGCGGGGCGCGCUACCAGCCCGGCGCGGGCCUGCGCGCCGACGCGGCCGUGUGCCUGGCCGUGUGCGCCGUCAUCGUGCUGGAGAACCUGGCGGUGCUGCUGGUGCUGGGGCGUCACCCGCGCUUCCAGGCGCCCAUGUUCCUGCUCCUGGGGAGCCUCACGCUGUCCGAUCUGCUGGCCGGGGCCGCCUACGCCACCAACAUCCUGCUGUCGGGGCCCCUCACGCUGCGGCUGUCGCCCGCGCUCUGGUUCGCCCGGGAAGGCGGCGUGUUCGUGGCGCUGGCCGCGUCGGUGCUGAGUCUGCUGGCGAUCGCCCUGGAGCGCCACCUGACCAUGGCGCGCCGGGGUCCCGCGCCCGCCGCGGCCGCCGGCAGGGGGCGCACGCUGGCGCUGGCGGCCGCCGCCUGGGGCGCGUCGCUGCUGCUGGGGCUGCUGCCCGCGCUCGGCUGGAACUGCCUGGGCCGCCUGGAGACCUGCUCCACCGUGCUGCCGCUCUACGCCAAGGCCUACGUCCUCUUCUGCGUGCUGGCCUUCCUGGCCAUCCUGGGGGCCAUCUGCGCGCUCUACACGCGCAUCUACUGCCAGGUGCGCGCCAACGCGCGGCGCCUGCGCACUGCGCGGCCCGGGGCCUCGGCGGCGGCGGCGGCUCGCGCGGCCCGGGUGCACCGUUCGCUGACGCUCCUACACAUGCUAACGCCUGCUGCUAGUUUCACACUAUGCUGGAUGAAGCUGUUCCUCCUGCUGCUGCUCGACAUGUAUUGCCCGGUGCGCUCCUGCCCCAUGCUCUUGCAGGCCGACCUUUCCUGGUCCCUGUCCAUG